AUGACUUCGCCAGCGUUAGUGUCUGCUGGGAAAGGGUAUCAGAAAAUAAAAGAAUAUUUUCAACAGAGGGAGAGCCGUGCUUCUCAAAAAUAUGAUCAUCUUCUCCUGAACCAGCUUGAGAGAUCCAUAAACAAGGAGCUGGAUGACAGAGAAUUUCAGCAUGUUUCACUGUUGCUGAAAUGCGUUCAGCAGUUCUGCCUGGAUGGCCCCAAAGAAGAUGAGCCUUUGCUAAUUCAGCAGGGACUGGUUCCAAAGAUGGUUUCCUGGCUUGAAAGAACAAUAGGAUUUCUGAUUAAGGAAGACUUAGCCUCGGACGUAUCCCUGAUUACUGCUACAGAAGACUUCUUUGACACCGCCUUGAUUAUUUCCAGGAGUAGUAGUAAAGGGAAAAUUCAGAUGCUGGAUUCCUUCAUAUUUAGUCUAGGGUCCCUGGUGACAGGAAAGACUCAAAAUCAUUUGAUUGGGCAGGAGGCUUUGAGGACCUUGAACUGCAUUUUGGAGGCUGUGCCUCGGGAAGAGAGAAGAAAACUCGCUUUGCUGGAAGGCACACAUCCCUUUAUGAGAGACCUUGCAAGGACAAUUGUGACUGUUGGUGAUUACGACCAGCAGGCUGCUAUUUGUGAAGCACUAUGCAGACUGGUGACUAAACACCUAAGGGAUGACUUCGUACAUGAGUGGUUUGAGGAUGAUUUCAUUGCUGAAGCUUUCAAAGAGAUUAAGGACCGAGAAUUUGAGACGGACUGUAGACAGUUUCUCAAUCACCUGAACAACAGACUUGGUGACCAAAGAAGGGUCUAUUCAUUUCCGUGUAUCACUGCUUUUGCUGAUGGCCAUGAGAUGAGAAAACCAGCGAAUGAAAAAUUAGAGAAAUUUUGGAUUGAUUUCAACCUAGGAGGUCAGAGCAUAACAUUUUAUAUAGACAACGCUAAGAGUGUUCUGUGGGACCCGGUAAAAAUUUUCAGGGAAGCGGUGACUAAUUUCAGCAUAACAGAAACUGAGAAGAUGAAAAAUCUCAUUAUUUACCUAAAGAGGCCUGUAACUAUCGGUGACAAAGAAGUGAUGAAAACAGAAAUCCAAUUUGAUUUGGAAUACAACAUAUCACAAGUUGCCAUUAAAGCUUUAGGAGAAGAGAGUCAGAUGUUGCCUAAACAGAAAGAAGUUUCCUCAGAAUUUAUUGGUAAGUUUGAAAAAGAAGACUGAGACUCUUACUUGAGUUGGCUGCCCUCUGCCUUUGAGAUCUGGAUAUUGAGAUGUAGGGAGAGGAGCCUAGUGUUGGGAGGAUAUAAAGUGGAGUUUAAUUAUAGGCAACACCUCUUCUCUGAGAGUUGUCAAGAUUCAAGUGAUAAUACCAGUGACGUAUCUUGGAUCAGUAAAGAACAAAGGAAACCCCUAAAUUCAUAUCCUGGUAGAAAAAAGAAAAGAGUCAGAAGUAACAUAAAAGUUCUGCCACUUUCCCCUGUCCGUAGUGUCGGUGAUGAGGAGAAAGACCACGUAAGUAAAUUUUAUCUAGGCUGCAGUGUGCCAUACUGCAACCAGCAUGUGAUGACAAUAGGUUUCGUUUUUUAUUUCUUAUUUAAAAAAAAAAAAUACAUGUAUUUGUGGUCUGUUUAUUUUGUUUUUAAGAUUGUGAACCAAACGUCAUUGAUGACCAGCUUCAAGCGUAAGCUGCAAACCUUGGAAGAGAGAGACCAGUGUGGUCACCAAUGUGCCAUGUUUGCUUUAGACGCGUCAGACGGUGAUUUUGUGACUCCAAAACAGUCAAAAGUGGAAGAUGAUGGUGCACCGGGAUCCCGUUCCUCUAUGGCAGAAGAAGACUUGGCAGAAGGGAUUUCUAGUCCAUCUUUAGAAGUUAUGCCAGAGAACUUGGAUGUUUCUGCCAUCAUCUCAACCUUUGAAAACAUCACCAAAGAACUAAAAAAGACAUAUGAGCUUAGGCACAGAAAGAGUCAACUUUCUUCAGAAAGUGGAACCCAAGCACCAGAUUGCCUAACAAAACUUUUAAAGCAGAUACAUCAGUGCAGACUGAGUAAACUACAAGAGUUCCACCGUUUUGUUCUUCGAGAGCUGGGCCACCUUGAGAAGGAUAUUGAGGCUCUGAAACAUCUUGAGAACGAUGUUCUGGAAUUUUGGAGGAAGCAGUCUGCUGAUUUGAAAGCAUUCUGUGAUAUGCAAGUGCUGAGGUAUUUUUUUUUUAAGUAUUUUUUCUAGAAGUAUCUUAGUUAAAGUAUGAGGUAGUUCUUUAGUGAAAGUAUGGGUGGUUGAUACUGCUAAAACUUCAUGCGAGUAGCUCAACAGCUGUGUCUUUUCAAACCAGCUAUGUCGGUGGCCCUCCCUGAGGAGAGUGUAGCUUUUGGUAUCAGUCUAGAAGAGUAAAUUUUUAAAAGCAUAAACAUGAUCAUCCAAAUGUCAGUGUUUUUCAAAUUGUUCUAUUUUUAAGCAGUAUUUAAAAAAACUGAAAUGGUUAGAUAUUGAGAAAAAAUAUUUAAG